AUGUGCAAGUGGAUGGGCGGGAUACCCGGGACACCGACUAAUGCUUUUGAAAGUUCCAACCUAAGGUGUUUGGAAGUUGACAGCUCAAUUGAUUCUGACAUAGAAGUUGAUGAUUUGCAACAAACAUUGAAUGAUAAUUUUUUUAGAAUUGAUAUUGGUUCAGUUAGCAGUAGCAGUGAUGAUGAAGGAACAGCUAAAAAGAACGAUAAUUUGAAGAAAUUGAACGAAAAACAGGAGGAAGAAAAUUCAGAAGGAGAGAAUGAUAUAAAACAAGAAAAUGAUCCAAUAACUGUACCAGCUACCUCAAAUUUAAUAACAACAGGGAGAGCAACAACCGCAGCUACUACCACGACAAUGAAGACAGUUCUUCAGCAUCGUGAAUGA